AUGUCGUCUGUUUUUGUGUCUGACAACGGUGCAUUCUCUCAAUCGCAGCCUCCUAAAGCACCAGAACCAGCACGCCCUAAACGACCACGUCCUAGUCUUGCGUGCAUUCGAUGUAGAAAGAAAAAAGUGAAAUGCGACUUUGUACAGCCAACAUGUGGACGAUGUGCGAAUGCUGGAUUACCUUGCAGUUAUGCAACUCCUCCCCGACGAGUGGAUGGUCGAGCGUUUGAUGAACUUGGCACCCAUGUGGAAGAGCUCAAGGAACGUAUGCAGCGAAUGCAGUCCGAGUUGGCGAUGAUUAAGAGCAAUCUUCAUCCAUUUUCUGGAGGAUCCAGCAGCGGUGGUGGUGGUAGUAGUAAUGGGGCAGCAACAGCAGCAACAGCAGAUGGUAUCAACUCGACAAUGGGAAGUGAAGAUGAUCCUCAUAGCAGCAUUUCACCGAGUCCAAUGAUGGUGAAUCAACUUUCGGUGGCUCACGAUAGAGGCGGUGGUGCGUUAUCAAUGGCAGACCCGUUGUCACAGCAACCCGUUACAUGGAAAUUAUCACUAUCGCCUUCUGGUUUACGCAUUGAUACCAACAUUGCUAGUGUAGCGGAUUUGUAUCGUAUUUUACUCAACGGCAUCAGUCAACUCAACAUCAGCAGCGAAUCAACCACCAACUUGUUCAGCACCGAUUCCAUCCGUGGCGAUAAAUCACGACCACACAAGGCUUGGGGUCGCUAUGGUCAACGAGUGAAACCCCUGGAAGAUGGCAACACAGCUACAGCGAAUGCCGGCCAUAGCAACAGUAAUAACAGCAUUGGUGGAAUGGCCGCCAACACUAGCAAUAGUGGCAACAGUGGUGGAGGACGACUAUGGGAGGUGGAUGACAAUGAAGCACGCAAGAUUAUUCAGGAGCGCCAAGUUGGCAUGGAUGAUACAAUCCCAAAGGAGACAUUGGACAAUUUGAUGAAUACGUGCUAUCACCAUUGUUUCUUGGCCUAUCAAAUCGUUGACAAGGAAGCUUUUAUGCAAGAAUACACAAGUGGUAAUGGCCUUGAUCCUUUGCUCGCUAAUUCCAUCAGUGCUUGGGUCUCCAAACAUGGCUGUGUGUAUCACAAUGCAUGCCCAGGCCGCAAUCCAUCCACCAUGGGAGAAGCUUAUUUCAAGAAUGCUCGUCAGCUGUUGAAGAAAUGCUUUGAUAUCAGCAAUGCAACCACUGUUCACGCGUUAUUGAAUCUUUACAUGUAUCAGUUGAGCAGCGAGCGAUCUAGCUUGGCAUAUCUUUACAUUGGUCUUGCUAUUCGUAUGGCGCAGGAUCUCAAGUUCCACAAGAAAGAGCAUAUGCCUGCUGAUCCGAAGCAACGGGAGACAAGCAAGCGUUUAUGGUGGUCGGCUUAUUGGCUUGAUUUGUGUGCGGCUUUGGAAUCGAAUCGCCCUACGAUGGUUGAUGACAAGGAUUGUGAUCUUGAAUAUCCAACGAAGCUUGAUUUUGAGGAUGAUGAGACGGGUUUCCGGAUCGACUUUUGCGUUCAUUCGAUCAAAUUGAUGAAGAUUCGCAAAGAUAUCAUGAAGCAUUUACCAUCUGAGCAAUCGGGACAAUCGUUACUUUCAGCUAUUUCUCGAUUGGAGAAUGCGUUGACCAAUUGGUUGAAUGAAUUACCACAACAUUUACGAUUUGAAGCUGAGGACGUAUUCCAAAAGACCGGCACAUUCCGUGACGAAGCCAUGCUUAUUCUCAACAUCCAAUACCAAACCACAUGGAUCAUGUUGCACAAGUUCUUUUUGCCCAAACAGAAUCAGACUGCUACACCCGUUGCAUUACUCUCGCUCAACAUUUGCACCAAAUCAGCCAACUUUAUCACAAAGAUGCUGGAUAUCUAUGCCAACAACUUGUGCUGGUGUCAAUUCUUUUACACCCUGGAUGGUGUCAUUGCAAGUGUAUCGAUUCAUCAAAGCAAUGCUUUAUCAGAAGAAAAGGACGUCGCUUUGUUGGCUCAACGCAACUUGAUCCUCAUAGCUGAAGUACUUCGCAAAUCACCUCUCGUUUACAUGGAAAAGGUCAAUGAGAUUAUUGAGAGCAUCGAGUCAUUCUUGAAGCAAAACAAUCUUCCCACGGAUAUCAGCAGCAUGCCAGCUGUCAAUGAAGAUCUUGUCAAUCAGCAAUCGAUUUAUUCUGUUUUCCAUCCUGGUGUAUUUGACAACAACAAUCGAAGUGAUACACAAUCAGCAACCACUGGUACUAGUGGCACUGGACCCAUGAAGCAGACCCCAACAGUAUCACAUGCAUCACCUGUCGUUUCUUCACAACAGCAACAACAACAUACACCAGCAUCCAUGCCUGUACGCACCCCGGUGGUGCCAUCAGCUAACCUCACACCUCACAUGCAACAACAAGCAGCCAUGUCAACAAGCCCAUCACCUUCUCCUCAACCAUCCAUGUCAAGUCAAGGACAUCCACAUCCACAUCCACGACAACAACAACAACAACAACAACCAGCGGGUGUACCAUCACAACAACAACAACAGCAACAACCACUUGCAGGAUCACCUAUGGGUUUUGCCAAUCAGCCUCUUCAUGGGCCAGGAUCUGGUAAUAUGAUGUCUGGACCUGGAAUGUUAUUCAGCAAUCCUGCAUUGAUGGGUUUUGCAGGCGUGGGUACCGGCCAAGUGGAUCAAAUGCUUUUCAGGGAUAUGAACUUUGCUGUUGAUCAAUCAGCCGCUGUGGGUGAAGAAGCAUUAGCUCAACCUGAUGUAUUCGCAUCACUCGGUUCCAAUAUGCUUGGUGGCAAUAGCAACAAUCCUGCAGCAGCAGCAGCAGCAGCAGCGGCGGCGGCUGGCUAUAGUACCAAUGCAACAUCGGCAGGCACAACAGCACCCUUCACAUUCUCAGCCGAUUUGACACCCGAUUUGUACAAUGCAAGUCAAUUGCGAGGAGACAACAAUUUGUUUGGUAACCCAGCAACCAUGUUUGGAUUGGCAGGUCAGCAUCAACAGCAACAGCAACCACAACAGCAUCCACAGCAACAUCCACAACAGCACCAGCAACAACAACAACAUCAACAUCAACAAUAUGGUGAUGCUUCGGGAUUCGAUCCGGCAAAUUUCUUUGGUGGCAUGGAUCAAGCAGCCAUGAAUGCAUUACUCUAUGGUUCCGGAAAUGCUGGUAAUAAUGGAGCUGGAGGACAAGGGGCGAUGCCAAUGGGAUUCUCGCAGCAGCAGCCUUCAUCAGACAGCUUUGCAGCAGCAAGCAUGUACGCAGCAGCAGCAUCCAACAGAAAACGCACACACCGUGAUUGGGAGGAACCUUCAUGA